AUGGUGAAGAGGAAAAGCUCCGAGGGCCAGGAGCAGGACAGCGGCCGAGGCAUUCCCCUCCCCAUCCAGACCUUCCUAUGGAGGCAAACCAGUGCCUUUUUGAGGCCCAAACUGGGGAAACAAUAUGAAGCCUCCUGUGUGUCCUUUGAACGAGUUCUGGUAGAAAACAAGCUCCAUGGCCUCUCUCCAGCCCUUUCUGAAGCCAUCCAGAGCAUUUCCCGCUGGGAGCUGGUCCAGGCUGCAUUGCCUCAUGUUCUUCACUGCACUGCAACACUACUCUCUAACAGAAAUAAGCUAGGUCAUCAGGAUAAACUAGGUGUUGCAGAAACCAAGCUCCUUCACACCCUGCACUGGAUGCUGCUCGAGGCCCCCCAGGAUUGCAACAGUGAUCGGUUUGGGGGAGGUGAAAGAGGCUCCAGUUGGGGUGGUGGCAGCAGUGCCUUCAUUCAUCAAGUUGAAAACCAGGGAUCCCCAGUGCAUGCUCGGCGAAACAGCUCUCAUGAAGAAGAAGAGAAUAGUCGUAGGAAAUUCUUCCAGAACUCCAUGGCCACUGUCGAACUCUUCGUGUUCCUAUUCGCUCCUUUGGUGCACCGGAUCAAGGAAUCUGACCUGACUUUCCGAUUGGCCAGUGGUCUUGUUAUUUGGCAACCAAUGUGGGAACACAGACAACCUGAGGUCUCUGCCUUUACAGCUCUGGUGAAACCUAUCCGGAACAUCAUUACAGCCAAGAGAAGUUCUCCAGUAAACAGUCAGAGUCAGGCUUGUGAGUCACCAAAUCAGGGCACAGGACACUCAGAGGGUCUGCAGGUAGUGGGUGAAUCAUUCCAGUCAGAUUCCAUCUCACCGAGAGCCACCAUUUCUGGCUGCCAUCGGGGAAAUUCUUUUGAUGGAAGCAUGUCCUCACAAGCAUCUCUAGAGAGAGGCCCUGCACAUUCCAGGGCUUCUCUGGUGAUACCUCCUUGCCAAAGGUCCCGCUAUGCCACCUACUUUGAUGUUGCUGUACUACGCUGCCUGCUCCAGCCCCAUUGGUCAGAGGAAGGCACUCAGUGGUCCCUGAUGUAUUAUCUGCAAAGAUUAAGGCAUAUGUUAGAAGAGAAGCCAGAAAAGUCCCCAGAGCCAGAGAUUCUGCACCUGCCCAGACCUCGCAGCAGCUCCAUGGUGGCAGCAACUCCCUCGCUAGUGAACACUCAUAAAACCCAAGAUCUCACUAUGAAAUGUAACGAGGAAGAAAAAUCUCUGAGUACAGAAGCCUUUUCCAAAGUGUCCUUGACCAAUUUGCGUAGAUCUGCAGUUCCCGAUCUGUCGUCAGAUUUGGGCAUGAACAUUUUUAAGAAGUUUAAAAGUCGAAAGGAAGACCGAGAACGCAAAGGUUCUAUCCCAUUUCACCAUACGGGAAAGAGAAGACAGCGUCGAAUGGGAGUGCCUUUCCUGCUUCAUGAAGAUCACCUGGAUGUGUCACCCACCCGCAGCACCUUCUCAUUUGGGAGCUUCUCUGGACUUGGAGAAGAUAGACGUGGCAUUGAUAAAGGAGGCUGGCAAACCACCAUAUUAGGCAAGUUCACCAGACGGGGAAGUUCUGAUGCAGCCACUGAAAUGGAGAGUCUGAGUGCAAGGCACUCCCAUUCCCAUCAUACACUGGUCAGUGAUUUACCAGAUCAUUCAAACAGCCAUGGAGAAAAUACUGUCAAAGAAGUACGAUCUCAGAUCUCCACCAUCACAGUGGCAACCUUCAACACCACCCUGGCAUCAUUCAAUGUGGGCUAUGCAGACUUUUUCAGCGAGCACAUGAGGAAGUUGUGCAACCAGGUGCCUAUCCCAGAGAUGCCCCAUGAACCUCUGGCAUGUGCCAACCUGCCCCGAAGUCUAACUGACUCCUGCAUCAAUUACAGCUAUUUAGAAGAUACCGAACAUAUAGAUGGGACUAACAAUUUUGUCCACAAGAACGGCAUGCUGGAUCUUUCGGUGAUUCUGAAAGCUGUUUAUCUUGUCCUGAAUCAUGACAUCAGCUCUCGCAUCUGUGAUGUGGCACUGAACAUUGUUGAGUGCUUGCUCCAGCUCGGUGUGGUCCCCUGUGUAGAAAAGAACAGAAAGAAAAGUGAAAAUAAGGAAAAUGAGACUUCAGAGAAGAGGCCAAGUGAAGGGACCUUUCAGCUCAAAGGGCCUUCUGGAAGCACAACGUGUGGAUUUGGGGGUUCCUUGGUUAGUGGAACUGGAGAUGGUGGUGGAGAAGAAGGUGGAGGUGGCGAUGGAGGAGGUGGUGGAGGUGAUGGAGGAGGAGGAGGAAGCGGAGGUGGAGGAGGAGGAGGAGGUGGUGGAGGAGGUGGAGGUGGCCCUUAUGAAAAAAAUGAUAAGAACCAAGAGAAGGAUGAAAGCACACCUGUAAGCACCCAUAGGCUUGCUCUAACCAUGCUCAUCAAAAUUGUAAAAUCUUUGGGUUGUGCCUAUGGCUGUGGAGAAGGACACCGAGGGCUCUCUGGCGAUCGUCUGAGACACCAGGUAUUCCGAGAGAAUGCCCAGAACUGCCUCACUAAGCUUUACAAGCUAGAUAAAAUGCAGUUUCGACAAACCAUGAGGGACUAUGUGAACAAGGAUUCCCUCAAUAACGUAGUGGAUUUCUUGCAUGCUUUGCUAGGAUUCUGUAUGGAACCAGUCACUGAUAAUAAAGCUGGGUUUGGGAAUAACUUCACCACAGUGGACAACAAAUCCACAGCCCAGAAUGUGGAAGGUAUUAUUGUCAGUGCUAUGUUUAAAUCCCUCAUCACCCGCUGUGCAUCUACUACGCAUGAACUACACAGUCCUGAAAACCUGGGGCUUUACUGUGACAUCCGGCAACUGGUCCAGUUCAUCAAGGAAGCUCAUGGAAAUGUUUUCAGGAGGGUCGCCCUGAGUGCCUUGCUAGACAGUGCAGAAAAGUUAGCCCCAGGAAAAAGGUCGGAGGAGGCAGAACAGGACUCAAAACCUUCAGGGAGCAAAAGAUCAGAGGCUGGAAUUGAUAAAGGCCAAGGAUCAUCAGCACCCGAUGAGUGUCGCAGCUACAUGUCUGGCCGCCCCUUGCAAACUCCAGAACAUGAUGAACAGAUGCAAGGGGCAAACCUAGGACGCAAAGAUUUCUGGCGCAAAAUGUUCAAAUCACAGAGUGCAGCAAGUGACACCAGCAGCCAAUCGGAGCAGGACACUUCGGAGUGUACCACCGCUCACUCUGGAACAACCACCGAUAGGCGAUCGCGCUCACGGUCCCGAAGGAUUUCACUCCGAAAGAAACUUAAACUCCCCAUAGGAAACUGGUUAAAGCGGUCGUCUCUCUCGGGUCUAGCUGAUGGUGUAGAAGAUCUCUUGGACAUUAGCUCAGUUGAUCGUCUGUCUUUCAUCAGGCAAAGCUCGAAGGUUAAGUUCACCAGUGCAGUGAAGCUAUCUGAAGGAGGCCCAGGAAGUGGGAUGGAGAAUGGAAGAGAUGAUGAAGAGAAUUUCUUCAAACGACUUGGUUGCCACAGUUUUGAUGACCAUCUGACCUCCAACCAGGAGGGGGCAAAAUAUAAGAAUGUGGUGAAUCUGGGAGCAAUUAGACAAGGCAUGAAGAGAUUUCAGUUUCUGUUGAACUGCUGUGAACCAGGUACUAUUCCUGAUGCUUCCAUCCUGGCAGCUGCCCUCGAUCUGGAAGCUCCAGUGGUGGCCAGAGCAGCGCUGUUCCUGGAGUGUGCUCGCUUUGUUCACCGUUGCAAUCGUGGAAAUUGGCCUGAGUGGAUGAAGGGGCACCACGUAAACAUCACCAAGAAAGGUCUCUCCCGGGGCCGAUCACCCAUUGUGGGCAACAAGCGGAAUCAAAAGUUACAGUGGAAUGCAGCCAAACUCUUCUACCAGUGGGGAGAUGCAAUUGGUGUCCGACUGAACGAACUGUGCCAUGGAGAAAGCGAGAGCCCAGCUAAUCUGUUAGGUCUUAUUUACGACGAAGAGACCAAGAGGAAACUGAGAAAAGAGGAUGAGGAGGAAGACUUUUUAGAUGACAGUACUGUGAACCCCACCAAAUGUGGCUGCCCCUUCGCCCUCAAGAUGGCAGCCUGCCAACUUCUACUGGAGAUCACGACCUUCUUAAGAGAGACUUUUUCCUGCCUGCCUCGCCCACGCACUGAACCUCUGGUGGAUCUGGAGAGCUGCCGACUCCGGCUGGAUCCUGAGUUAGACCGGCACAGGUAUGAGAGGAAGAUUAGCUUUGCCGGAAUCCUGGAUGACAAUGAAGACCCGAAGGAUUCCCUCCACAGCAGCAGUCACACCCUCAAGUCUGACACUGGUGUUGAGGAGAAGAAAGUUCCCAGCAGGAAGAUCAGGCUAGGAGGCUCCCGCCUGCUCCACAUUAAAGGAACCCGCAGUUUCCGGGUGAAGAAGGGGGGUUCCUUAUCCAGUAUUCGCCGAGCCGGCAGCUUAAAGAGUACCAAGCUCUCACGGCAGGACUCAGAGUCUGAGAAUGAGGAGCAGCAGCUGUCCCAGAGCAGGGACACUGUCACUGAUAUAGAAGGGAGCCCCUGGAGUGCGAGUGAGCCAAGCAUCGAGCCUGAGGGGCUGAGCAACACUGGCACUGAAGAAAACUACCACAGGAAUAUGUCAUGGCUCCAUGUUAUGAUCUUAUUGUGCAAUCAGCAAAGUUUCAUCUGCACACACAUCGACUAUUGCCACCCUCACUGCUACCUUCACCACAGUCGCUCCUGUGCCCGCUUGGUACGGGCCAUCAAAUUGCUUUAUGGGGACACUGUGGAUUCCCUUCGGGAAGACAACACACUCCAUAAUGUGGGCUUUCGGGGCAAGAAGCAAAAAGAGUGCUCGGAUAAGUCAUGCCUGCGGACACCCUCUCUGAAGAAGAGAGUUACAGAGACUAACCUAGAAGGCAAAAAGGACUCUGGAAUGUUAAAAUACAUCAGACAUCAGGUUAUGAGUCUGUCCCCAGCUCCUUUGUCUCUGCUAAUCAAGGCAGCUCCAGUUCUGACAGAGGAAAUGUAUGGAGACAUCCAACCUGCAGCCUGGGAGCUACUGCUCAGUAUGGAUGAGCACAUGGCUGGAGCUGCAGCUGCCAUGUUCCUGUUAUGUGCGGUAAAAGUCCCAGAAGCUGUUUCUGACAUGCUGAUGUCAGAAUUCCAUCACCCAGAGACUGUGCAACGGCUCAAUGCCAUCCUCAAGUUCCAUACUCUCUGGAGAUUCCGCUACCAGGUGUGGCCUCGGAUGGAGGAAGGAGCUCAGCAGAUUUUUAAGAUUCCUCCUCCUAGUAUAAAUUUCACUCUGCCCUCACCAGUAUUGGGAAUGCCUUCAGUCCCCAUGUUUGACCCUCCAUGGGUACCACAAUGCAGUGGGAGUGUACAGGACCCAAUUAAUGAAGAUCAGUCGAAAUCCUUUUCUGCCCGAGCUGUAUCAAGGUCCCAUCAGAGAGCAGAGCAUAUCCUCAAGAACUUACAGCAAGAGGAAGAAAAGAAGAGACUUGGUCGAGAAGCCAGCCUCAUUACUGCCAUUCCCAUCACCCAAGAGGCUUGCUACGAGCCAACAUGCACCCCCAACUCAGAGCAGGAAGAAGAAGUAGAAGAAGUCACUAACCUGGCAUCCCGGCGUCUUUCUGUCAGUCCAUCCUGCACAUCAAGUACUUCCCAUAGGAAUUAUUCCUUUCGCCGUGGCUCUGUUUGGUCUGUGCGUUCAGCUGUCAGUGCAGAAGAUGAAGAACACACCACGGAGCAUACGCCAAAUCACCACGUGCCACAGCCCCCUCAGGCAGUGUUCCCAGCAUGCAUCUGUGCUGCAGUCCUGCCCAUCGUUCAUCUGAUGGAAGAUGGAGAGGUUCGAGAAGAUGGGGUAGCAGUGAGUGCGGUAGCCCAACAGGUCCUGUGGAACUGUCUCAUUGAAGAUCCUUCAACGGUCCUUCGACAUUUCCUAGAAAAACUCACCAUAAGCAACAGACAGGAUGAAUUAAUGUAUAUGCUGAGAAAACUUCUCCUGAAUAUUGGAGACUUUCCAGCUCAAACAUCACAUAUCCUAUUCAACUACCUGGUAGGAUUGAUCAUGUAUUUUGUGCGUACACCCUGUGAAUGGGGAAUGGAUGCCAUUUCAGCCACUCUCACUUUCCUUUGGGAAGUGGUAGGGUAUGUGGAAGGUCUUUUCUUCAAAGAUCUCAAACAGACAAUGAAGAAGGAGCAGUGUGAAGUAAAGCUCUUGGUCACUGCCUCCAUGCCAGGCACAAAGACUUUGGUUGUACAUGGGCAGAAUGAAUGUGAUAUCCCAACCCAGUUACCUGUACAUGAAGAUACACAAUUUGAAGCUCUUUUGAAGGAGUGUCUAGAAUUUUUUAACAUACCAGAAACCCAAUCAACACACUAUUUUCUUAUGGAUAAACGAUGGAAUCUUAUUCACUAUAACAAGACUUAUGUACGUGAUAUUUAUCCUUUCCGGAGGUCCGUAUCGCCUCAGCUGAAUCUUGUACAUAUGCAUCCAGAAAAAGGCCAAGAGCUCAUUCAAAAACAGGUGUUUACCCGGAAGCUUGAGGAAGUUGGACGGGUCUUAUUUCUCAUAUCCCUCACCCAGAAAAUACCCAUCGCCCACAAGCAAUCCCAUGUUUCAAUGCUCCAAGAGGAUCUUUUGCGCCUGCCUUCUUUCCCUCGAAGUGCUAUUGAUGCUGAGUUCUCAUUGUUCAGUGAUCCUCAAGCUGGAAAGGAGCUCUUUGGUCUGGAUACUCUUCAGAAGAGCCUCUGGAUUAAGCUUCUGGAGGAGAUGUUCCUGGGGAUGCCCAGUGAGUUUCCCUGGGGAGACGAGAUCAUGCUUUUUCUUAAUGUUUUCAAUGGUGCCCUGAUCCUCCACCCAGAAGACAGCGCCUUGCUCAGGCAGUACGCAGCCACCGUCAUCAACACGGCUGUUCACUUCAACCAUCUUUUCUCCCUCAGUGGCUACCAGUGGAUUCUCCCUACCAUGCUGCAGGUGUAUGCAGAUUAUGAAAGCAACCCACAACUGCGUCAAGCCAUUGAGUUUGCCUGUCAUCAGUUCUACAUUCUUCAUCGUAAGCCAUUUGUCCUCCAGUUAUUUGCUAGUGUGGCACCUCUCCUAGAAUUUCCAGAUGCUGCCAAUAAUGGGCCAAGUAAAGGUGUAUCAGCACAAUGCUUAUUUGAUUUGCUGCAAUCUCUGGAGGGAGAAACCACUGAUAUACUGGAUAUCUUGGAACUGGUAAAAGCAGAAAAGCCUCUGAAAUCAUUAGAUUUCUGCUAUGGGAAUGAAGAUCUGACUUUUUCUAUUAGUGAAGCCAUUAAGCUUUGUGUCACUGUGGUGGCUUAUGCUCCAGAAUCAUUCAGAAGCCUUCAGAUGCUGAUGGUCUUAGAAGCUUUAGUUCCGUGUUACCUACAAAAGUUAAAGAGACAGACGUCCCAAGUGGAAACAGUUCCUGCUGCCCGAGAGGAGAUUGCAGCCACAGCUGCUCUGGCCACCUCCCUGCAGGCCCUCUUAUACAGUGUGGAAGUUCUCACCAGGCCUAUGACAGCCCCUCAGAUGAGCAGGUGUGAUCAAGGCCAUAAAGGGACCACUACAGCUAACCACACCAUGUCGUCAGGAGUGAAUACCAGGUACCAAGAGCAAGGAGCGAAGCUACACUUUAUCAGGGAAAACCUACACUUGUUGGAGGAAGGUCAAGGUCUUCCUCGGGAAGAGCUAGAUGAACGAAUUGCUAGGGAGGAGUUCCGGAGACCCAGAGAAUCUCUGCUAAAUAUUUGCACUGAGUUCUAUAAACAUUGUGGACCAAGGCUAAAGAUCUUACAGAACCUGGCAGGAGAGCCUCGGGUCACUGCCCUGGAGCUGCUGGAUGUUAAAUCUCACAUGAGGUUGGCGGAAAUUGCACAUUCCCUUCUGAAGCUGGCACCCUAUGACACCCAGACAAUGGAAAGCCGGGGGCUCCGCCGCUACAUCAUGGAAAUGCUGCCAAUCACUGAUUGGACUGCCGAAGCAGUGAGACCUGCUCUUAUUCUCAUCUUAAAGAGAUUGGAUCGUAUGUUUAAUAAAAUUCACAAGAUGCCUACCUUGAGGCGACAGGUUGAGUGGGAGCCUGCCAGCAAUUUGAUUGAAGGGGUUUGUUUGACACUUCAGAGGCAGCCAAUCAUAUCCUUCCUGCCUCACCUUAGGUCACUGAUCAAUGUCUGUGUCAAUCUGGUGAUGGGAGUGGUAGGACCUUCCAGUGUUGCUGAUGGAUUACCCCUUCUUCAUCUCAGCCCUUAUCUCUCACCACCUCUGCCCUUCAGCACAGCUGUUGUCCGGCUUGUAGCAUUGCAGAUACAGGCUUUAAAAGAAGAUUUUCCUUUAAGCCAUGUGAUCUCCCCAUUCACCAAUCAGGAAAGAAGGGAAGGGAUGCUUUUAAAUCUGCUCAUCCCAUUUGUGCUCACAGUAGGAUCUGGAAGCAAAGAUAGCCCAUGGUUAGAGCAGCCUGAGGUCCUUCUGCUGCUCCAGACGGUUAUCAAUAUCCUCCUACCUCCUCGAAUCAUUAGCACGUCCCGCAGCAAGAACUUUAUGCUGGAAAGUUCCCCAGCACACUGCUCCACCCCUGGAGAUGCUGGGAAGGAUUUGCGUAGGGAAGGGCUGGCUGAGUCCACCAGCCAGGCUGCAUAUUUAGCUCUGAAGGUGAUUCUUGUUUGCUUUGAGAGGCAGCUUGGCAGUCAGUGGUACUGGCUGAGCCUGCAAGUCAAAGAGAUGGCACUAAGAAAGGUGGGAGGGCUGGCCCUAUGGGACUUCCUCGACUUCAUCGUUCGAACUCGGAUUCCCAUCUUUGUGCUCCUAAGGCCCUUCAUUCAGUGUAAGCUUUUAGCUCAGCCCGCUGAGAACCACGAGGAGCUCUCUGCCCGACAACACAUCGCUGACCAGCUAGAGAGGCGCUUCAUCCCCCGGCCCCUCUGCAAGAGUUCUCUCAUUACUGAAUUCAACAGCGAGCUUAAGAUUCUGAAAGAGGCUGUACACAGUGGGUCAGCCUACCAAGGGAAAACCUCCAUCAGCACAGUGGGCACCUCCACUUCUGCUUACCGCUUGAGUCUGGCCACCAUGUCCCGCUCCAACACUGGCACUGGCACUGUUUGGGAGCAGGACAGUGAGCCUUCCCAACAGGCUUCCCAGGACACCCUGAGUCGGACUGAUGAGGAGGAUGAAGAAAAUGACUCGGUGAGCAUGCCCAGUGUGGUAAGUGAACAAGAAGCUUACCUCAUGAGCGCCAUUGGAAGGCGGCGAUUCUCCAGCCAUGUCUCCAGCAUGUCUGCACCUCAGACUGAGGUGGGAAUGUUGCCCAGUCAGAGUGAACCUAAUGUCCUCGAUGACUCCCAGUGCCUGGCAGCUGAGGGCAGCCUUUCUAGGGUGGCAAGUAUACAGAGUGAACCUGGCCAACAGAACCUCCUUAUUCAGCAACCCCUGGGAAGGAAGAGAGGCCUAAGGCAGCUAAGACGACCCCUUCUGUCUCGCCAAAAGACUCAGUCUGAACCUCGAAGCCGCCACGGGGCUCGGCUCUCAACUACACGCCGAAGCAUCCAACCAAAAACAAAGCCGACAGCAGAUCAGAAACGAUCAGUGACCUUCACAGAAACUCAGCCUGAGACGGCACCUUCCCCAGCAGAUACCCUUCCUGCCACCACCCAACAACAGUGUUGCAGCAAGAGCAGUCCUGGUCAAUCUGGUAAACCAGAAGCAGCAGAGAAACCAGUCCUCACAUCUUCCCCCGCCAUCAUAGUUGCUGAUCUGCACAGCCAGAGUCCCUGCCAGAGUAAAGACCAUUCCACUGAAGAGAAAGAAAAGGAAAAGGAAGAUGAUGCUGAGGUCACACAAGGAGCUACGGCACACAGCCCCUCAUCUACCCAGCUUUCAGACACUGAAGACUUUGCAGGACUUGAGACCACAAGCUUGCUACAGCCUGAUGACACAAUCCUUCAUAUCAGUGAGGAAAAUGGAAUGGAGAAUCCUCUUUUAACAAGCCAGUUCAGUUUUACUCAUAUUGAACUGGGGGAGACAGAUAUUGACCUAGAUGAAUCUCAUGUUUAA